GUGAGACCUAGACAAGCGGAUAUAUAUAUAUGCUCGUUAGGGUUCUGACAGGCGGAGUGCUCUUUCUCAUCGCCGCCACUUUCUUUCCGUCGAUCCGUUGACGACAUCUUCUCCACCUUCGCCUGCAAACCCUCGAAUCGCUUCUCCAUCGACAAGACCGUUCGAUCCCAACCUCGUCAGGCACUUCCGACGCCGAGGUCACCCCACACAACGCCAGAUCGAGGACGAUAGAGAAUAGAAAUCCUUUUUAAAACCCUAAUUCAUGCUCCAGAAAUCUGACAAACACGAUGUUGGCCUCCACCUCCUCAUCCUCUUCAACCAGUACCACAGGUGUCGUGCUGGUAGCGGUCGAGGAAGAUGAGGUGGUGAAGGCCGCCAUGUCCAUUUUUGGCGUAUGGUUUAGGGUUGCUAGAAGAGAUUUUCCUUCUCCGUCGUCCUCGCCGGGCCUUUUCCAGGAAGAGGCGUUCUGUGGAGUGGCAACGACAGCGGAAGAGACUGAUCUGAGGCAUACUGAAGAGUUCUCGAUAAUAAUACCUGGGAUCCGCCGGCUUCCUGCCACCAUCUACAUCAGAUGAGAAGAACCGUGGACAUUGAUCAAUAAUGGAAGAGGAGAGGAGACUAGGGAACCUACUUAUGGACCUAGACUUAUUUCAGAUUUUAUGGAUUUUUGAGAUUGCAAGGAGUCCAAUGGUACCUACAUUGCUUAUUUCAACUUCUCCAAUAAUGUUAAAAUAUUAUCGGAAGAAUUAGCCCAACGUGAGUUUUAUAUGAUUCCAUACCAUUGGAAUUCAUUGAUUACUUCGGACUCAUUUACAAUGAAAAAACUCAUGUUCAUUGUAAGAUCACGGAAAGAAAGGGUGGUCAUUAAUGUGAAGAGUCUUCUUUUACACGAAAUUCAAAAACAAAUAAAAGAAAGAGAUGAAAUUGAAUGGUUGGUUGGUUUCAAUUGAAGAUGGAAUGAACGUGUUUAUGGAUGGAAAGAUCCUAAAUCUGAUCGACUUCUUUUACCUAAUAGGGUUUGAUAUGGUUCCAUCCAUAUCUGGCCCAUUGUUCAUAUCAAUCUCGCGUUGGGUUGAUUUUUUGAUAAUAUUUUAACAUCAUUGGAAAAAUUGAAAUAAACAAUGAGAGACAUUAUUGGACUUCUUACCAUAUCAGAAAUUCAUAGGAUUUGAAAUAGAUUUAAUCGGACUUGUCUAGGGAGUUCAACAGUAAUUUAUUUCCUAAUGUGGGUAUGAUAUAAAAUUAUAUCAAGCCCAACAGAAUUUGUUAUAAUAUGGUACGGUUGGUUGGUUUUAGUUGGAGAUGGAAUGAAUGUGUUUAUGGAUUGAAGGACUCCCAUUCAUAACUCGCUUUUUUUACUUAAUAGGGCUUGAUAUGGUUCCAUUAGGACCAAUGUGAGCUUGAUAUGAACCAUGUUAGCUCCACGAUUUAUAUAUGAUUCAUAUCAGAUUCACAUUGGGCUGAUUUAUUUGAUAAUAUUUUAACACUUUUGAAGAAGUUGAAAUAAGUAAUGGAUGAGUCGUUGGACUACUUACAAUCUUAGAAAUUCAUAGAAUUAGAAAUGAGUUCAAUUGGACUUGACUAAAUUUAUCAAUGAAUUUCGAUUUGAUCGAUUUAGAGAUAUUAGAUUACAAUUAUUUUGGAUUUUGUAGAUUUUUAAAGGUAUAAGAAGUCCAAUCGUGCCUUUAAUUGAUUGUUUCAAUUUUUUUUUUUUUUGAAAGUAUUAAAAUAUUAUAAAAAAAUCAAUUAAAUUCGAAAUGUUGUGGGUCUUAUAUAAUUUGCAUGUUAAAUACACGUUAUGCAUGCAUGCAAAAGAAAACGGAAAGAGAAGAGAGAGGGAGAAAAUAGGAGAUAGGUUGUAUACAUAGUAGAGAGGAAAGAGAAGAAAGAAAAAAAAUUGACAAAAAAAAAAGAGAAAAAAAAUUAAAUUAGCCACAUGGGGUAAAUUGGAAAGAACAUAUAAU